GUCAUUCCGUCCGUCUGCAACGAGAAAAAUUUUCUUCAACCAUCGCGAGCUCAGGCAGUAACCAAAUCGACAGUGCGCGUUUGCUGUGCGGAUUUAAUUUGCUAGAAGAAACGUGUAGGAAAAAAAGCUAAUCACAGUGAACAAGAAUCUGUGGGAACCGUCUUCCAGAAAUUCUAAGCUUUAAUACGAGGAAUUGUGUUUGAUUUGAUUUAGCUGUGAAAUUUUCUUGAUGAAUCAAUUGUGAGAAGAAAAAACAGUGCAAGAAAAAAUCGGGCUUUGCUCCCAUACAUACCCGAUUUGCAUCUGCAGUAUUCACUGAAAAGAGCAGUUAAUUUGCACCUGGAGGCGUCUGAAGAGCAAGCAUCAUGGAUAAGAGGAAACUAUCCACAUCGGGCGAUACGCUCUACCAGACCCUUGGACUGCAAAAGACGGCCACGGCGGACGAGGUCAAAAAGACAUACCGGAAACUCGCACUGAAAUAUCACCCAGAUAAGAACCCAAACAAUCCAGAAGCAUCAGAAAAGUUCAAGGAAGUGAACCGAGCGCAUUCCAUCCUCAGUGACCUGACAAAGCGGAACAUCUACGACAAUUACGGUUCGCUCGGUUUGUAUAUCGCGGAACAAUUCGGCGAGGAGAAUGUGAACGCCUACUUCAUGGUCACAUCGCCCACAUGCAAGGCCAUUUUCCUCGUGUGUGGUAUCAUCACGGGAUGUUACUGCUGUUGUUGCUGCUGUUGCUGCUGUAACUUCUGCUGCGGCAAGUACAAACCACCUUCGACAGAGCACAGCGGAGACUAUCAUCACUUACACAGAGAUGGUGCCAGUAAUAGCAACGCAGGUGAAGGAACGACAGUAACAGAGCAGCCCACGCGAAGAGAGGACUUGGCCGAUCUGGAAGAUAACGGAGGAGACCCGAGUGGUCUGGUGACAUCACAACCAACCGCAGGGCAGGCUCACGGUGCCGGAAUGCCAGUGUACGCGAUGCCACCACCGGCUUCGAACCCGACCAAUCCAUUUACGGGAGCUGCUGCUACGGAAAGCACAGGUCUUAACACCGGAAACCAACCGGUCUACACGCCAGGCCGCUAAAUUCAACCCGGAUAAUAUCAGCUUAAGACGCGAAGCAAAAAUAAUGGCAUGAAGUAAAUGGUGGUUGAUCGCCGUUGAUUGAUUAUCUCAUAACAGAAAAGACCUACCAUCACAAACUUCAGCAAAUGCUUUUUGAGUUGGGGCCGACGACAGCGCGACACAAUGAAGCAGAACAUAAGUUCAACUAUGUUAAAGCUAAAAAUAAUCUUAAAAAUCAAUUUGAACACAUACCAACUAGUGAAAAGAGAAAAGUCGAAUCAGCGAGAAACGGAGACAGUAAUCAAACAAAAAUUAUCCGUAAAUAAAUAGAAUAUUUAAGGUAAAGAAUAAAAAAAAUACUGUGGUUCAGAAAAAAACGAAGUAAACCAGUUAUUACACUAUACAUAUAUACAUAUAUAUUUCAAACUACACUCAGUUUCACGAGAUAACACAAACAAUCUCUCUCACACACAAACACACCCACACACAUACACUCACGAUUGGUAAGAGUGUAGAAGAGAAUUAAAAUUACUAAUAGUAAGCAAAGUUCUCCUCAUUAUUAUAUAUAUAUACUACGUGUUAAUAUUUCGAUUUGCAAAACAAAACAAUGACAAAAAAAAAUGUUUCAAUUUUUGAGACGCGGAAGUAAAUCUGUUAUUUUUUGUGUAGUAUUUUCUCUUCAUCGUGCAUGAAACAAAAGUAAAAUAAAACAAAAAACAAACAUAGAAAUCUUAUAUAUAGCAAAGAGACAACAGAAAACAACCUCUAUUUAAUGCAAAGAAGCCGAAUAUUAUAAAGUAUAAUGAACCAUCCUCCUCCUCCCAAGAGCAGCAGCAGCAGCUAACUACAAUUAUUCAAUUGUAAUCACAUUCGAAAAACAUAACGACGGUUAAGGGCGGCAGGAGCGAGAGAUACUUACGAUAAUAAAUUUUCCAAUGCGCCAGUUAUACUCAGUCA